AUAGAUAAUACACAUCAUAUUUCACAGAGAAGUCAGUCCCAUACAAUAAAACACAAUAAUAUUUGUCCAUAUCCAGCCAAAGUUAAUUUGAAACGUUAGAAAAUUAUGAAAAACUACAAAACUACACACAUAUUUAAGUAAUUUGGAAAUGGGUAGAUAAGUAUGAGAUAAUUUAUGUGUACUCAAGCAUGCUGUAUUAAUUUUCUCACAUAAUAUGGAAUAUGAUUGUGCUGUUUGCUUGCAAAAAUGUCAACAUCCAACAAAACUAUCCUGCGGUCAUGUUUUCUGUUUUCUUUGUGUGAAGGGUGUAGCUCAUCAAAGCAGAAAAUGUGCAAUGUGUCGCACAGAAAUUCCUUUAGACUACUUUGAAAACCCUGUUCUAUUGGACAAGUCUAAUCUUCAGUAUGCUGCCAAUGUUGAUGGAGUAGAAGGAUUCCAAUGGUAUUAUGAAGGAAGAAAUGGUUGGUGGAAAUAUGAUGAGCGUAGCAACUCUGAAUUAGAAAAUGCCUUCAAUAAUGGAGAAUCAGAGUGUACUUUACUACUGGCUGGGACUUUGUACAUUGUUGACUUCCAAGCAAUGACUCAAUUCCGUAGAAGUGAUCAUACUCGCAGGCGGCGGGUGCAAAGGGAUACCCCACGGCUACCUGCCAAAGGAAUAGCCGGUAUAAGAACAAAUAUUAAUCAAGUGCCAAUUGAAAUAAAAGAUGAAACUGAAGAUAAUGUCAACGAAAAUCAUGAUAAUGCAGAAACUGAAAUUAUAAUAACAGAUAAUGUGCAAAAUAGUAAUGGAUCUGAACACAUUUUGAAUCAAAACGUGUCAUCAGUUCAAUCUGAGGAUAUUGAUGAUGUCGUUUCACGAAUCAGUACUUUAGAUCUCAAUAAUGCUGAUUCAAACGGUCUAAUUGAUGAAAGUUGAAUGAAGAUUUCUAAAUUACAUCCAAGUAAUUGGAAGUGUUAAAUGUGGCUAAAUAUUUAUUUUCCUUUACGUAAUUAAAGUUAUUUAAAAUAUUA